UAUAAAUACGUACAUGAACUUUGUAAACAUAUGAUCGGCCGUAUAUUAAUUUUUAUUAGGACAUCUUGUUUUGUGAAUUUUCCUCCAUCAACUUUUACUGAAGCCGUGAAACAAGUGCUUCUAACAAUUUUAUUGAUUGCAAAUGAGCUUCAGAUGAGCAGUGAUGAUGGGAAGAGCUAUGGACGGUCAACAACCCUCUCACGGAAUCACAGAGAAAGAGGAAAGAGAUCUCAGGAAAUUCACGAAAUUUCUUGCUUUGAAGGCAAUACAAGUGAUAGUGCAAGCGAGAACGGGAGAGAAGACUGAUACAAGAUCUAAAUCAAAUACAGAUGGUACUGAUUGGUUCAAUCUGGCAAUUCCCGAGAAGGCCAAUGUGAAAUCACAUGCCAAGAAACUUUUAAUGACGGAAAUACCGAGGGCGGGCUAUCCUCUCAACGUAGAAAUUACCCUUGAAACAGCAGAGGGUGAUAAGAUGGUGCUAGAAUCGUGGAGCCUCGCUGUGAACGAUACCUGCGACCCCAACACCAAGAUUCACUACACCGUAUACAACCGAAUGGGUCUCCUCCUCAAGUCACUGAUCUGCGUAUCAAGGGUUACUCCAGCAUAUAGGAUAGCUAGAAGACAGGGUACCGGGGACUAUAGGAUCUUGUCAAGGGUGUUCUUUGGAGAGACAAAGCUUGCGCUGCUAGGAGAAGAUUUCAGUACGAUUCAAGUUGGUAGCGUACCCACUCCCGUUGGGACUAUCAUAGUCAACGUGGCUUAUAGGACCAAACUCACUUUAUCAACAUCUAGACACAUUUCAAGAAUAAGAGGACCUGUCCCUGUCAAGGAUGAUCAUUACAGUACCAGUCCUUCCCAUAAAGGUCCAGGACCAGCCUUGCCUGUGGGAACCAAGCCAAUUAUUGGAAUUGAAGACUCCAGUACAACCUUGGAGAGCUCACAGGAUUACAUCAUCGGGUCCUUCUCCACCACUCCUCCUGAUAACUAUGUCUUCCCUUCACGAGGAGACCAGACCACUCCCAGUCCAAUCAGAGGGCGGGGCUUAGCAGAAGACAGGGGGCGGGGCUCAGCAGAAGAUAGGACCAAACCACUAAGUUCAAAUAGUUUUGACCUCGCUGGGAAGCUAGGACCCUUUGCAAGUCCAAAGAAUGUUGGAGACUCGGAAAGCCUCAUCUCUGAUGACAUUCCGUUUGGGUCCUUACUCCAAGAGGUUGGGAGUAGUACGGCAGAUAAAUUCAUCCUCACUACUAAUGAUGAUCCUACUAGCCAAGACGGUGAUCAACCAGACUGGACAGGAUUAAAUCUCUCACAGCAUUCUAAUAAAUCAAGCUUGCCAUCAGAUAGCGAUGACUUUGUCAUGGUGGAUCUCAAUCCAGCUUUUGCCAAGACAGAUUCUAGUAGUGACAUUGUAGCGUUCUGCUGCCAGUUUCAGCAGGCUCCACCUCUAGAACUCUUUGAAGAUCAACCAACACUUGGAGAAACAUUGAGUAACCUACCGGAGAAGCUCGCACAGUUCAAGGAGAAUGAGUCAGAGUUUGAUGCGUUUGUAGCAAGCCUUCAAAGGGAUGUUGAUGAAUGCAGUGACUGAAUUAUUACUACUAAUUGUUCCAUCAACAUCGUCAUCGUGAUAACCUCAUCAAGAUGAACCUUCCAUCAUGCCACUCCUCCUCUUGUUAUUAACAUUAGCAUCAUCGUCAUUAUCAUCAUCACCAUCAUCAUUGUCAUUAUCCACAUCAUCAUCGUCAUUAUCAUCACCAUCAC